ACUGCAAAUAUGUUUGCAGAAAGCGUCGCGUUUGGAUUGCGUCAUAAUUCCUGGCCGCAGUUGUUUUUUUAGGCAGCAGUGCUGAGUAAUCCGAUGUCAUCAUAGGUCUCAUUCACUGCUGAAACAGGAUCUAACCCUGUGAUAUCCGAGGAUGACAGGCGGGUUCAAAGGGCUGCUGCUUCUGUCGCUCUGUCUCUUGGUGUGGACAGUGCCAAUAGACCGCAAACAAGAGCCACCUCAGGAGGAGAAACCAGAGGAGAAUGCGGACACUGGUCUGUACUAUGACCGUUACCUCAGAGAGGUGAUUGAGGUGUUGGAAACAGACCCUCACUUCAGAGAAAAACUCCAGUCGGCCAACACAGACGACAUCAAGAAUGGACGCCUCAGUAAGGAGUUGGAUUUGGUGGGUCACCAUGUGAGGACUCGACUGGAUGAGCUGAAGAGGCAAGAGGUCUCACGUCUCAGGAUGUUGCUGAAGGCAAAAUUGGACAGCACCAAUGCACAGAGUGUUCAGAUGGAUCACGCCUCCUUGUUGAAGCAGUUUGAACAUUUGGAUCCUCAUAAUCAGAACACAUUUGAGGCCAAAGACCUGGAGCUGCUUAUUGCAACGGCCACUAAGGAUCUUGAGAAUUACGAUGCAGAGCGCCAUGAGGAGUUUAAGCGCUACGAGAUGCUGAAAGAACAUGAGAGAAGGGAGUACCUGAAGAGUUUGGACCAGGAGAAGAGGGAGAAGGAGGAGAAGCGAAUCGAGGAGCUCAAAGAAAAGCACCGGAAACAUCCUAAAGUUAACGCUCCGGGUAGCGUGGAUCAGUUACGUGAGGUCUGGGAAGAGACAGAUGGGCUGGAUCCACAGGAGUUCAAUCCCAAGACUUUCUUUAAGCUCCACGAUACAAAUGGCGACGGUGUGUUGGAUGAGCAAGAGCUGGAGGCCCUCUUCACAAAAGAGCUGGAGAAAGUGUACGAUCCUAAGAAUGAAGAGGAUGACAUGAUGGAGAUGGAGGAGGAAAGGCUGAGGAUGCGAGAACAUGUCAUGCAAAAUGUAGAUAUCAAUCAUGAUAGGCUGGUCAGCCUGGAAGAGUUCCUCAAAUCUACAGAGAAGAAAGAGUUUAAAGAACAAAAGGAAUGGGAGACACUGGAUGAUACAAAGCCAGUGUACACAGAAGAGGAGCUGCAGCGCUUUGAGGCAGAACUUCGGGAUAAGGAGGUGGAGCUGGGUAGAAGGGCAGAGAAAUUACGACAAGAGCAGGAACUUCUCAAAGAGAGAAGCAAAGCUCUAGAAGUGCAGAAACGAGAAUAUCAGCAGGCAGUAAUGGAGAUGUCACAAAAACAAAAGGAGCAACAGGCAGUGAAUAGACAGCCUCCCUCAGGUCCUAAUGGAGAGCUCCAGUUUCAACAGGAGAUCCAGAAACUAGCAAAUGAAGACAGUCAAGUGGUAAAAGUCCCAGUCGAUCAGAAUGGAGAUGUUCAGAGUAACCUGCCAGCUGAGCCACCACAGAAUCUGCCUCAGCACACUUCCUAACACACACACACACACACACACACACACACACACACACACACACACACACACACACACACACACACACACACACACACAC